AUGAGCUACAUGAAGAAGGAUGAGGACGCCGACCAGACCAUGAUCAAGCUGGAUCGGACCUCUGUUUUCCAAGAUGCACGGCUCUUCAAUUCAUCACCGAUAUCUCCUCGACAAUGCCGCACGCUACUGACCAAGAUCGCGGUCCUCGUCUUCACGGGAGAACAGUUCCCAACAAACGAAGCGACCACUCUUUUCUUCGGUAUCUCGAAACUGUUCCAGAACAAGGACCCCUCGUUACGGCAGAUGGUUUAUCUCAUUUUGAAGGAGCUUGCAAACACGGCCGAAGAUGUCAUUAUGUCUACCAGUAUCAUCAUGAAGGACACCGCGGUCGGCAGCGAUGUCCUAUACCGAGCCAAUGCUAUCCGGGCUCUGUGCCGCAUCAUUGACGCCACUACCGUACAGGGUAUCGAGCGAUUGAUUAAAACAGCCAUUGUCGACAAAACCCCUUCGGUCUCCUCGGCCGCCCUCGUCUCCUCAUAUCACCUCCUUCCGAUUGCGCGUGACGUGGUUCGAAGAUGGCAAAGCGAAACACAGGAAGCCGCUUCAUCCUCGAAGCAAUCUACCGGUUUCCUUGGAUUUGGUGGCAGCUCACAGGCCCACGCGAUUUCGCAGUCAAAUUUCAUGACCCAGUAUCACGCAAUUGGCCUCCUAUAUCAGAUGCGCUCCCAUGACCGCAUGGCCCUUGUCAAAAUGGUUCAACAAUAUGGCGCAGCAGGAGUGGUGAAGAGCCCCGCUGCGCUUGUUCUUCUUGUGCGCCUGGCCGCGAAGUUGGCGGAGGAGGACUCCGGGUUAAGGAAACCCAUGAUGCAGAUGCUCGAUGGAUGGCUUCGGCACAAGCAUGAGAUGGUGAACUUCGAGGCUGCAAAGGCUAUUUGUGAUAUCAGGGACGUUAGUGAUGCGGAAGCCUCGCAGGCUGUCCAUGUUCUCCAGUUGUUCCUCUCUUCGCCUCGUGCCAUCACAAAGUUCGCAGCGAUCCGCAUCCUCCACCGAUUCGCGUCAUUCAAGCCUCACGUGGUUAACGUUUGUAACCCUGAUAUUGAGGCCCUAAUCUCGAACACUAACCGGUCCAUCGCCACUUUUGCCAUCACCACUCUCUUAAAGACUGGAAACGAGGCUAGCGUUGACCGCCUGAUGAAGCAGAUCUCAGGCUUCAUGGCCGACAUCACUGACGAAUUCAAGAUUACUAUCGUUGAGGCCAUCCGAACCCUGUGCCUGAAGUUCCCCAGCAAGCAGGCCGGUAUGCUUUCGUUCCUCAGCGGUAUAUUGCGAGAUGAGGGCGGCUAUGAGUUCAAGCGGAGCGUCGUUGAGAGCAUGUUCGACCUCAUCAAAUUCGUGCCUGAAAGCAAAGAAGAUGCCCUCGCCCAUCUUUGUGAGUUUAUCGAGGACUGCGAGUUCACUAAAUUGUCUGUCAGAGUCCUUCAUCUUCUCGGUGUUGAGGGCCCGAAGACAUCACAGCCGACCAAGUAUAUCCGCUACAUCUACAACCGAGUGGUCCUAGAAAACGCCAUUGUUCGUGCUGCUGCCGUAACAGCUUUGGCCAAGUUUGGCGUUGGCCAGAAGGAUCCUGAAGUGAAGUCCAGCGUUUCUGUUCUCCUCACGCGGUGCCUUGAUGACACCGAUGACGAAGUUCGCGACCGAGCUGCUCUAAACCUCCGAUUGAUGGCUGAAGAGGAUGAAAUGGCCAAUCUAUUCAUUAAGAAUGAAUCGAUGUAUUCUCUUUCUACUUUUGAGCAUCAACUCGUCAUGUAUGUGACAUCUGGCGAUAAAGAGACCUUUGCCACGGCGUUCGAUGUGUCCACAAUUCCAGUUGUCUCCCAGGAGCAGGCGUUGGCUGAGGAGCGAACUAAGAAGCUUACGAGUGCUACACCCACACUCAAGGCACCAUCUACCGGACCCCCCAAGGGUGCCAAAGCAAAUGGUGUGGCCGAAGCUGCCACGGCGGCCGCCACACAAAAGUAUGCCGAGCAGCUCAUGCAGAUCCCCGAGCUCAAGGCGUACGGAACAUUGCUCAAGUCCUCUGUUCCUGUCGAACUCAGCGAGAGCGAAACGGAAUACGUUGUCACUGCCGUCAAGCACAUCUUCAAGGAGCAUAUUGUUUUGCAAUAUGACAUUAAGAACACUCUUCCGGAUACGGUUCUGGAAGACGUUACCGUGGUCGCAACACCCUCGGAAGAAGAUAUCCUGGAGGAGGAAUUCAUCGUCCCCGCACCCAAACUAAAUACCAACGAACCCGGUGUGGUUUAUGUCACGUUUAAGAAGCUCGAGGGCGAACAGAGCGUCCCCGUUGUUUCAUUUACAAACAACCUCAAAUUCACUACAAAGGAGAUCGACCCUACAACUGGAGAGCCGGAAGACAGCGGAUAUGAAGAUGAAUAUCAGGUCAACGAUCUCGAGCUAACAGGUAGCGACUAUGUCAUCCCCACAUUUGCUGGCAGCUUCGACCAUGUUUGGGAGCAGGCAGGUGCCAACGGCGAGGAAGUCAGUGAGACUCUGCAACUCAGCAACUUGAAGGGCAUCGCAGACGCGACCGAACAAUUAAUCUCUACACUCUCUCUACAACCCCUCGAGGGAACCGACGUUGCCCUCAGCAACAGCACACACACCCUUAAAUUAUUCGGAAAGACAGUAUUAGGCGGCCGAGUCGCGGCCCUCAUAAAGAUGGCGUACUCCACCAAGACUGGAGUGACGACCAAGAUCACAGUUCGCGCCGAAGAAGGAGGUGUUGCCCCUGCGGUGAUUGCUUCUUUGGCCUAAGCGAAGGCGGGUGUAUUGUGUAGUUUUGUGGCCUUCUCAAGGUAUACUCAGGCGAUGAUGAGUCUGGAAUCAUGAAAUCAGACUUGCUUUUUCUAUUUUACUUCUACAAUUUCCCCCUCGUCUAUAAUGCAUGUGUCAAGUUAGAUGC